UAUUCUCGCACUUGGUCAGUGGCCCGAGCUGCGUUUCGCUUGCGUGUUCACCACGAUCGCACGAUCGUGGAAUCGAGCGAAAGAAUUUACUACAUUAUACCGAUUCAGCCGUUCGUACUUCCAACAGCAAAAAUCUUCAGAUCCAACCUUUCUACGAAAUCCAUAUAAUAAUGAUAAUAACAAUAAUAAGAAUUAAGAAGCGCAAUAGAUCAUUAUUCAACGAAAGUACACGACACAACGUACAGGCCUGCCAAAGCCACAUUGGGCUUUUCUGGCAGAGCCUGGCAGACAGCAAAACAACCACAUUUCUUUUAUAUACAUAGAACAACAGAAAACGAACUAAUAAACGUACUUCGAGGUGCUAAACCUGCUAAAUUUGACACGACAUGUGUCCCCACCAUCCCCCAACCGUCCUUAUCAAGUGAUCCCAUCGCAGCAAUCGGCAUGUUUGCACGUGUGGUCAGGGUGCACGCGUCGGACACCCAUGGCUCUCGGCGCACAGGUUGCUUGUAAACCGCCCCCGACGACAAAAACAAACAGCGGAAGGUAUACAUCAAUAGCGUCCGCGCACAUCGCCGGCUGGUUGCAUUCCAGUGAAAGGACGUAUAACGCUGGCACAGCGCGCGGCGCCAGCAGCAGCCAGCAGCAGAAAGGAAGAACGGCCACCCGCGCGCGGUAUCGGCGCUCGCGUUUCGUCAGACUCCGUUAUCGUAUUCUGAUUCUCGUCUCUCGGCGAGGCCCUCGCGUCACCCGAGGGGAGGGGGGGACACUUGGCACAAGCGAAAUACGAACGAUUGAGGCUACAGCGUCCGCUGCUGCGCUUACAGAGAACGCCACGACACGCACGCGUGUUCGGGAACCCGGCUCUUUGCGAGGAAACAACGUCAGCAUGGGGUCGACGCGCUUCGGACACGCAGUUCUAAUCUGGGCUCUCUCCGUCGUAGCUGCAUCGGCCGUAGCAGAAAUAUAUAUCAUAGGUUCACACGAGCCGUCGAACCGUGUUCCGCCAUGGCAGAAAGGAGCGGCGAUGCGGCGCGUCUGCUACUACACCCUGCCUCCCACGCUGGACCCCAGCCGUCCAAUGGCCAACCUGUGCACACACCUGGUGUGCGGAUUCGCCGCCGUGCUCGACGACGCGAUGGUGCCGCAGCGUCCGGAAGACCCGAUCCAGUACAGGCGUCUGGUGGCCCUCAAGCUGGCCAACCCUGCGCUCAGGGUGAUGCUGUCCCUUGGCGCGACAGGCUCCGAUGGAGUCUUCAGCGCCAUCAUCGCGGCGCCUGACCGAAGACAAAAGCUUAUGGCAUCCGUCAUAACGGUCCUUCGCGAGUACGGAUUCGACGGGAUCGACAUCGACUGGGAAUUCCCGGGGCAGGGAGCUCCGCCGGAAGAGGACCGGAAGAACUUUGGCCUCUUUCUCAAGGAAGCCCGUGAGUCCUUCAAGAACGAAUCGCGUGCAUCUCACCGCGACGAACUGUUGCUGUCAGUGGCUGUGGCAGCCACGGAGCAGCUCAUCAACACAGGCUACGAUGCCAGGGUCAUAUCGCGGUACGUUGACUUCAUUAAUUUGAUGGCCUACGACUACCACAUGUACAAGCCUUACCUACCGUUCACUGGCCACAACAGUCCCUUGUUUAGACGCAAAGUGGAAGAAAGCAUCUUUUCCACCCUUCACGUGGCCUGGUCGGCAGAGUACUGGGUGGAGCGGGGCGCCGACCGUUCGAAAUUGAUCGUGGGGCUCCCACUGUACGGGCGCACCUACACGUUGCUGCGGCCGGAAUCACAUGGUUUCGAUGCGCCAGCCACGGGCAUUGGACCGGGCGAUGGCUCCGUCCCCUACCCUUGGGUCUGCCAGUUUCUGAAGGAUGGUGCCACGCCAGUCUUUGACGACGAAAGCCAGGCUCCGUACGCCUACAAGAAUUUCACCUGGAUCGGCUACGACGAUGUCGCCAGCAUCCGCUCGAAGGUUGUGUGGGUCGUUGCUCGAGGCUUCGGCGGUGUGAUGACCUUCGCGCUCGACUACGACGACGCCGACAAUGAAUGCGGACACGGGCCCUUCCCCAUCCACGAUAUGAUUCGCAACAUGCUCUCGUCCUGACACCGCGGCUUACGCUCGCAGAUCAAAACACAUCUGGCAGGAAAUGGCGCAUCAACGAUCGCAAACGCGCGGCGACGUGCGCCGGGAACACCGCCGUGCCCAGCCUCUGGAGAGAAGCGGUCGUAUCGGUGAAACACCGGGCCUAAGAAGCGCGAGCACCGCGUCCACGUCACUGACCUCCACUAAAAUGGCUCCCUCUUGUGGAGAUCGGUGGUCCACGUCCGAACGCAAUUAUAUAUAGGACCGUGAGCGCUCCUUGUAAUUGAGAGCCCUUGCCUUCGUCAUGCCAAAGUCCUUCAGUACUUUUCUGGAAAGUAUAGGAGGACCCUGGUUAUACCUGCAUCAUACGCACCAGUGUUUGUUAAAAAACUUCACCGAAGCUCAUCAUGACGAAAUCAAUCUUAUAACGUGUACAGAUCCUUUUCAUGUUUACAAACAGUUUCCGAAACUUCCUGUAAUCCCCUCUGUAACACCACCCGCGACAAUAGCCUAUAAAUAUAUAGGACUCUCCAGCUGGCACCACCUUUCCUUUACAGUUCUAACGUUUCACAGAAUAAUGUUCUUGCUAAGUAUAACAAGGAAGCUGCAUACACGAGCUAAACACUUGUGGCACGUUUCUUAUUAGAACACAUCAAGAACAUUUGCCUGUAGUAUACUAUGAGACAAAGUACUUCUUUUUCAUUCGCCAACUUGAUUGUCAAAAAUGCAUGAUCGGAAGUUUUCUGGGGUCAUUUACACACUUAUGCCACAACACAGAUAAAAGGAUUUAUUGGGGCUCCUAAACAAUACUCCCAGCGCUCUAAAGCUCUAAUGACUGGCUUGACAUUCUCUCAACAUAGCGUUCGACUGCCGUAGACAAGGGGUUUGAGGUGCAUGGAAACCUUAUCGCAUGGCUCAGGAGACAACUCAAACAAUACUGCAGCAAGGUCAAUUGGAAAUGCACUGGAGCAUAAAAAUUAAAGUAUGGGGUUUUUCAUGCCAGAACCACGAUUUGACUAUGAGGAAGGCUGUAGUGUGGGACUCGGGAAUAAUUUGGAUUACCUGGGGUUCUUUCACAUGCACUUAAAUCUAAGUACAUGGGUUUUUUCGCAUUUUGCUCCCAUAGAAAUGGGGCCGCCGUGGCGGAGAUUUGAUCCUGUGACCUCAUGCUUAGCAGCCCAACACCAUAGCCACUAAGCAACCACGGUGGGUCCAUUUCCAAUGACAAACCUGGCAUGAUGAAAGCAUGAGUGUAAUAAUGCACCUUGUUUAUCACCACUUCUCUCAGGCUGCAUGCGCUGUUGAUUUACUCUGUAGAUCCACAUCGCAACUCCGAGCUCAUCUUGUGUUAUCAGGUGUUGUUCGCUCUAGUCAUACAUUCCGCAGUUUAGAGUACUUUGACAAACACUGUACUGUAUCUGCAGGCACUCCGAUUGUUUUUUGGAAUGCCCAUCUCAUGUCAUAACAACUUAUUUCCUUACGGCUCUUGUUGCAGUGAGUGCCCACUAUAUCUACUGGGAAAACAAUUCUAUGUAAGUGACUUUGAGAAAUAUAUUUUAAAUCCAGUAUCUGCAAUCACUCUCAUCACAUCUUAUUUUUCAUUUUGUGGAAAAUGUAGAACGGAUCCUGUACUCAAGCUACGUCUAACAGAGGCUAAAACCCGUAAAUAAAGCAUAAUUACUUGGC